GGUUGUAGAAAGAAAGGAUAACAAAAUGUUUGAAUGUGUUCCAACUAGCAGUGGUACCCCGGAGCAGAGCAAGAAGCAAAGUCCUUGUUGUCAAGAGACUAUGAUAGCAAGUUCAAUUGGAAUCCGAAAGUUAGCACUUGAAGAAGGGAGAGGCAAAUGGGAACACAGAAUGGUUUUAAUGGCUGAUAGGACUGUAAGGGAUUGGACGAAAGUCUUAGAUGCAGUUGCAGAAAGACUGGGUUUAGAAGGUGAUGCAGUAGUAUUGCCGUUUGAUGAGAAGAAAGCCAUCCUCGAUACAGGCACUGAGAAACUGAGCUUCAAUACAGUCCAAGUAGAUGGAGGACUGAUACAAAUACAAAACUGGGUACCAUUAUGCAACGAAGUUGUGCCAAAGGACUGCAGUUUCCGGAUCAAACUCUUAGGACUCCCCUUUAAUCUCUGGAAUGAACAGACCUUAGGAAGAAUCGUCAGAGCCCUAGGGGGUGUUCUUUUGGAGCUUAACCUGAGAAGCUUGCGUGCUGUGGAGAUCAAAGUUGCAGGGAUGAAGCCUGAGAACCUGCCUCGUGCAUUCGACAUACUCUCAGAUGGAGCUUGGUACAGGGUUUGGCUGGCUUCGGAAGUUGAGGCGUCUCUUUGGGGAAAAAGACCAGAGGUAGGGGAUGAUGGUGAGGUAGCAGGCUGGAGCACACGUGGCACCCAGGGAAUGGUGAAGAAACCUGCUGCAUGGGAAAGAGCAAAAGGGGAGAAUGAACAGUUGCAUGGGAUUACCACUUCUCGAAGCUUACCUUUAAAAGCAAUUAAUUCAAAAUUUUUGAGUUAAAGUCAAGAUCUUUAGGUGGCCCUUCCUAUGCUGACAUGGCCAGAAGAGGUUGUAACUCGGCGGGUCUUAACAGAUUUACCACUUCUGAACCGGCUGUAGGGGUGGCUGAACCAAACUAUGGACCACUUACCAUCAUCAGUGGGCCACAUGACGACUCAAGUCGUCACGUAGGGCAGGACAAACUUAAAGAGACAAUAGACAAAAACUUCCGUCUAUCUUCUUCCAGAAUAGGGGCGGCCGAACUGUUCGACUCUCAGAAAACGCGAACAGUAGGAGGUAAGCGUCCCCUGAGCUGGAACCUUUGUCUGGACUGUGGCAAGCAGGCUUCCAGUGUAGCUGAUCACCCAAACCUGCACUACAAUAGGGGCAAAAUAGAAGAAAGAGAGGAGGAAGACCAAUGGUGGAUAAGCUACAGCACGGAGAGUGAUGAAGAGGGGAGUUUAGAAGACUGUGCAAGUUUGGAUGGUUCGGUAGAGGAAGGUUUCCAGGAAGGACAAAUCAAAGAGGCAUUAAAUCUAGAGCAGUUCUUUCUUGAAGAUCCGAUGGGUGUACAGAAGACAGAUUUGGAGGCUUUGGUGAACAUGAAUAGGGUGGGCCAAAGCUCAAAUUUGGACAAGCCUUUACCAAGGUUUAGCCCCAUGCAAGAAGCUGAUAAGGUGUUAGAUCAUGCUAACCCAGAUCUGAACAAGGGUACAUCACAGAGAGGUGGACAAUCGGGUAAAGGAAAAGGUAUUUGUGUAGACCAAUUGACGGGGAAUAGUUCCCUCCAACCCAAGGAGAUAGAAAGCUCCAAUUGCUCUUUACAGGGUUUGAAAACCAACCACCCUCCUUUGCCCCUUUCCCGCAACCCUUAGUUGAAACCAGGUAACUCUGACAACUCUGUCAAUUCAGUUUUUGCUACUGAUGAGUGUUCUGUGUCCCUUGUUCUAGAUUCCCUUUCCAACCAAGAGUCAGAGGCCCAUGGACAGGAAGCCACAAUGAGAAUACAAGGGGAGGAUGGGGAGACAGUAGUGGGAAUACGUUGCAGGGAUAAAAGGAUCUGGGGUAUCAUUGAGAGGAUAAUGGGUGAAGUGGAAAGGAAUGAAUUGCAAAGGGAGGGUACAAAUGGGACAGAAAGAGUUACUAGUGGAGAGAAUGAGAUAAGGAAUGAGGAGAGGGUUAGAUGUGGAGAGCUUGGAAAACUAGAUAAAGGGGAAAAUUGUAGGGAAGAUUCAGUGGCAGAAUUUGUGGGAAAGCUGGGGUGUAAACUGAAGAACCCAAUUGAUUUAAAAGCAUUUCUACAAAAAAAGGAGGAUAGAAAGAUUAAGAAAAGAAACCCUCGUUGUGGAAACUCGAACAACAACCAAAGAAACCCAGUAGUAGAUCGAAGAAGCAGAGAGAUCGAACAAGAUGUCUUGGCAAACUUACAUUGAUGACCAUCCGAUGUGCGAAAUCGAGGGAAAUCACCUCACAGCCGCAGCGAUCAUCGGCCAAGACGGCAGCGUUUGGGCCCAAAGUGCCACCUUUCCUCAGUUUAAACCUGAAGAAGUAACUACCAUUAUGAAUGACUUUAAUGAAACUGGAUCCCUUGCUCCAACUGGCUUACAUCUCGGUGGCACAAAGUAUAUGGUGAUCCAAGGAGAACCAGGGGCUGUUAUUCGAGGCAAGAAGGGCGCCAGUGGUAUUACUGUCAAGAAGACCAAUUAGGCCUUGAUCUUUGGUGUCUAUGAUGAGCCACUUACUCCCGGCUAGUGUAACAUGAUUGUUGAGAGGCUUGGCGAUUAUCUUAUUGAGCAGGGUCCUUAGUUGCCUUGUGAAUAAUAUUACAUAAUUUGAGGUCAUGGGAAACUGUGUGGAAACAAAGGUAUUUGGUUCUUGGGCGUGGUAGAAAUGCUCUAUUUCGUACUUA